AGAAGAAGAGGCUGUGUGACUGGUGCGCAUGCGCGCCAACCGCGGCGGGUAAAAUGAAAGCUGUAACCAACCAACCGACAGUCCCUAGCAACCGCUGAGCUUCGGUGUUAAACUGAGGAAUAACGCUUCAUUACUUGCUCGUCUCGACAUAUCUGUGGAAACUCUGUGAAAUAUCGCGACAGAGAGCUGACAGGAGUGAACAAACUGAGGAGAAUGAGCUCUGUGUUGGAUGACCCGACCCUUGAGAGGCACUUUAAGGGUCACAGGGAUGACGUCACGAGCCUGGACUUCAGCGCUAACAUGAAGCAGAUCGCCUCGGGCUCCAUGGACGCGUGUGUGAUGGUCUGGAACAUGAAGCCUCAGAUGAGGGCCUACAGGUUUGUGGGACACAAGGAUGCGGUGACGAGCGUUCAGUUCUCGCCCUCCGGUCAUCUGCUGGCCUCGGCGUCCCGAGACAAGACGGUGCGGCUCUGGGUGCCCAGCGUGAAAGGCGAGUCGACGGUGUUCAGAGCUCAUACGGGAACGGUGCGCAGCGUCAGCUUCUCCAGCGACGGACAGACCCUCGUCACCGCGUCUGAUGACAAGAGCAUCAAAGUCUGGACCGUCCAUCGGCAGAAGUUCCUCUUCUCCCUCAACCAGCACAUCAACUGGGUGCGCUGCGCCAAGUUUUCGCCGGAUGGGCGGCUGAUCGUUUCUGCCAGCGAUGAUAAAACAGUGAAGCUGUGGGACAAGAACAGCAGAGAGUGCAUUCAUUCGUUCUGUGAGCACGGCGGAUACGUGAACUACGCCGACUUUCACCCGAGCGGCACCUGCAUCGCAGCAGCUGGCACAGACAACACCGUGAAGGUGUGGGACAUUCGCACGCACAAACUCCUGCAGCACUACCAAGUUCAUAGUGCGGCGGUGAACGGCCUCUCCUUCCAUCCGUCUGGAAACUACCUCAUCACGGCCUCCAGCGACUCCACGCUCAAGAUCCUGGACCUGCUGGAGGGCCGGCUGCUCUACACGCUACACGGCCAUCAGGGUCCUGCCACCUGUGUGUGCUUCUCCAGGACCGGAGACUACUUCGCCUCGGCCGGCUCUGAUGAACAGGUGAUGGUGUGGAGGACGAACUUUGACCGUGUGGAUUACAGCGCAGUGCUGGAGCAGAGAUGUGCUGCUUCCGUUCACAGCGGCUACAGCGGGCCGCCCGCACAGGUGUCAGAAGCCGCUGGUGUGUCCAAUGGCCGUACCUUACACAAGAGUGACAGCACAGCCCUCGUCACACCGGCCGUGACUUCAUCUGGAGCCCGUGUGGACUCACCGUCUGACUCCCCAGCGCAGCAGACGGCCGUGGACAGUGUUCCCGCGGCGCUGACCAGCACCCUGCAGCACAUCGUCGCACAGCUGGAUGUACUCACACAGACGGUGGCCAUUUUGGAGCAGCGUCUGACGCUGACGGAGGACAAACUGAAGGAGUGUAUGGAGAAGCAGCGUCAGGCCAUGUCUGAGAACUGAUCCUACCUCAGUGUCACCUGCUCACAAACCACCGUCCAGACAUGUUUGUGUUAAAGAUCCACAGUGAUAACAGUGAAUUAAAUCAGAGCAGCCUCAUUAUUUGGUGGCAGAUGUUUUGUGCAGGUUUUUGCCUUGAGCAGCAGUGUGUGGAUGGAGGUUUGUGCUGAGUGAGGACGUGCUGCAUCGGCUCCACUGUAAUCCAUCCUAAAAACCACAAACUGAAACUCAUCCGUGGCUGAAAUCUGAUAAGAGAAAUCAAAACACGAAGCCCUCUUUCUCUACUUACAAACGGUAUGUUUGUCCUGAACUUUCAAACUGUCAUUUUCUGUUUCACGUUUGCUCUCUCAUCUCCCUGUGUAACUGAACUCGUUUUAUUUUUGUCUGUAAAAAUGCCAGUAAAUGUGUUUAUUUAA